AUGGAGGGCACCAACACCCCUGUCACUAAAUCUGCAGCUGCCAAGAUAGUUAAGAGAAAUUUCCUUGAGGCUCUAAAGUCAAAUGACUUCGGAAAAUUGAAGGCCAUUUUAAUCCAAAGUCAAAUAGAUGUGGACACAGUUUUUGAAGUUGAAGAUGAGAAUAUGGUUUUGGCAUCUUAUAAACAAGGUUAUUGGCUGCCUAGUUAUAAAUUAAAGUCUUCCUGGGCAACAGGCCUGCAUCUCUCUGUCUUGUUUGGUCAUGUGGAGUGUCUUCUGGUGUUACUGGACCACAAUGCUACAAUCAACUGUAGACCCAAUGGGAAAACCCCCCUUCAUGUGGCUUGUGAAAUGGCCAACUUGGAUUGUGUUAAAAUCCUCUGUGACCGUGGAGCAAAGCUGAAUUGCUACUCCUUAAGUGGACACACAGCUUUACACUUCUGUACAACUCCUAGCUCCAUUCUCUGUGCCAAGCAAUUGGUUUGGAGAGGGGCCAACGUGAACAUGAAGACGAACAACCAGGAUGAGGAGACGCCCUUGCACACAGCUGCCCACUUCGGCCUCCCUGAGCUGGUGGCCUUCUACGUGGAGCACGGUGCCAUCGUGGACAGUGUGAACGCCCACAUGGAGACCCCGCUGGCUAUCGCCACCUACUGGGCCCUCCGCUUUAAAGAGCAGGAGUACAGCAGGGACCACCACCUCAUCUGCCGCAUGCUGCUGGACUACAAAGCUGAGGUCAACGCCAGGGAUGACGACUUCAAAUCUCCCCUGCACAAGGCAGCCUGGAACUGUGACCACGUGCUCAUGCACAUGAUGCUGGAGGCUGGCGCGGAAGCCAAUCUCAUGGAUAUCAAUGGCUGUGCUGCCAUUCAGUAUGUGCUGAAGGUCACCUCUGUGCGCCCAGCUGCCCAGCCUGAGAUCUGCUACCAACUGCUGUUGAACCAUGGGGCUGCUCGAAUAUACCCUCCACAGUUCCACAAGGUGAUACAGGCCUGCCAUUCUUGUCCCAAAGCAAUUGAAGUUGUAGUCAAUGCCUAUGAACACAUCAGGUGGAACGUGAAGUGGAAAAGAGCCAUCCCAGAUGAUGACUUGGAGAGAUACUGGGAUUUUUACCACUCUCUCUUCACUGUGUGCAGUAACUCUCCGAGGACUCUCAUGCAUUUAUCGAGAUGCGCCAUUCGAAGAACGUUGCACAACAGAUGUCACAGAGCAAUUCCUUUGCUUUCCCUCCCAUUGUCAUUGAAAAAGUACUUGCUUUUAGAGCCAGAGGGAAUCAUUUAUUAAGCCUUAUGAGACAGAAGUUCCCAAUCCUAGAUAUUUAAGUGGACUCACCGGGUAGACACAGUUUGCAUAAA